UGUAGAGCUAACACAGAGACUUGCCUUGCAAUGCCAUGUUUCUGUAUGUGUUCCAGCAACUGAAAAACAAUUGGGGAGGCUGCCUGCUUUAUUGACUAACUGAUGUUUUCUUGUUUCUGUUUCAGUAUUCAGGAUCAUUCCUUCAACAAUACAGCUUUAGCAGAGUGUGACGAGGAUACAGAGUCUGUACAUGAAGACCAAGCAGCAAGCUCCAUCCACAGAGAUGAAAACAACAAAGAAAACUAUCCCAACAACACUACAGUCUUAGAGGACAGCCAGCCAGCAUUACAAGAUACCCAGCAGCACGUGGAACAGACAGCUCAUGACUGCACACUACGGGUUGGAAUGGGCAACUUAAAAUUAAGAAAGCCCAAAUCCAUUGCAAAACUAGAAAAUGGGAAAAACCAUGAAGAAAGUCAGGAGAUGGAGAAUGCAUUGCCAGGAUUCUCAGAAUGUCAGGGGAAAACAGGAACGUCCGCUAAUGACUACACCCAGAAUGUGGCUUUCAGAUGCCAGGAAACAGUCGUGAGACUUCAACCAAGAAUAGAUCAGUGCGCAUUUCUUUCACCAAAGGAACCUGCUGAACAACUGCAGAAUUUAAAUGAGGAAGAAACUCCUCAGGCUUUCAAGGAUCCUCCAGCCACUUCAUCAAUUCAAUCCAGUGUGCAAACUGAUGGGGCUAGUUGUGGAGAGCAAUGUCACUUCAUUUCUCCUAUUAUUGAUUUUAAUUUAAUGCAUCAGCAGAGAGAUAGUGAAGAGCCUGUACCAGCCCAUAGAGUCUGGCAGAGUGACGCAGACAACGGCCCAGAAGACCAUCACUCCUUAGGGACCAGUAGACUACUAUAUCAUAUUACUGAUGGAGAUAAUCCCCUUCUGUCACCACGCUGCUCAAUCUUUAGUCAAAGCCAGAGAUUUAAUUUAGACACAGAGUCGGCCCCUUCCCCACCAAGUGCUCAACUUUUCAUGAUGCCCAGAAGUUCUUCCAGGUGUAAUUGUGAGGACUGCAAAGAACCGCAGACAGUAAUGCAACUUACCAAACAUCUUCAAAGUCUCAAGAGAAAAAUCAGGAAGUUUGAAGAAAAGUUUGAACAAGAAAAAAAAUAUCGGCCUUCACAUGGUGACAAAACUUCCAAUCCUGAAGUCCUGAAAUGGAUGAAUGACUUGGCUAAAGGUCGUAAACAGCUCAAAGAGCUUAAACUCAAAAUGUCAGAAGAGCAAAAUUGUACCCCUAAAGCACCCAAAAGAAUUGUGCAGCAUGAGAGCACUGGAAUAUACAAGGAGACCAGGAAGCAAGAAGCAGCAAGUACUGAACCAAAUCCAUCCGUCGAAGAAACCAUGGAUACUGUAAUGAAGCGAUUAAAGGAGAAAAGACAACAGCUUAACCUCCCUGAGACUAUAAAGGAUAUGACAAAAAAGCAAAUGGCUUUGGAAAAAAUCAGUCUUCAGAAAUGUCUGCUAUAUUUUGAGAAUAUUCAUGGACGACCUAUCCAGUUAUGGGUAAUAACACCAUUUCCACAAAAGACAAAAAUAAAACCACAGCUGAAUCAUUACUGGUGAAAACUGAUGGAUAUAAAACUGAAGCAUUUUGUGCAAAAGACACAGAAAGGAAUCAAAGGAAGUGAUUGUAUUUAUGGCCCUACUCAUAACCAAGGAGAAGGAAACCAAGUCCUGUUGUACAGAGUAAAUGACAUGUUGGCUCACAGGAAGGGAUAUCACUAAUGGUUGCAUUACAGUUGUGGGAUUUUGGAUUAAAGAAAGCUGAUGAUGUCCAUUCUGUGCCCCAAAUAGGGUUAUUCAGUAGCCACAGACUGACCAAAAUUUUCUGGUGCAUGAUCUGCAAAUCCACACAUCUGAUAGAUUCUGCCUGUCAUGUGCCGUAUUUGCACUGAGAACAAUGGUGCUUUGAGACACGCUUUCUGGAAGCAAUUCUAUAAAGUGGCCUUAGAUCCAACUCUUUCCCAAACAGCUAUGCCCCUUCUUGGCUGUUUCAAUUGCCUAGGAUAUUCUUACUGUAUAUCCCUAACACUGAACUCCCGGCAGUGAGUGGCAAUGAAUUCUCAGUGGUAGAUCCUCAGCUCUAGAAAAUUUGACCUUUGUUGGUCUGCCCAAACUACAGUUUUGCGACCUUUAAAACUGUGUUUUCAGGUUAACAAUCCCUUAUUUUCAGUCAAAAAGUUUUGUGAUCUACACCCCUAUUUACAUUUACUAUAAGAGUAAAAAAUGAUUCAAUUAUAACAAUGAGACAUUUAUAUAAUUUGUAUGUUUUGAGAGGUUGACCGAAAUGCUUGACCUUGAAAGAUAAGUGUAUAGGGGAGCGAGGUUUUCUUUGCUGUAGAUUGGAAUAAAUUUCUGAUAUCUCGCAACCCUCCCCACUGAUUGCUUUAGGACAUAAUACGAACAGGUAACCUGUUAGAGGGGUUUGUUUUUGUCUUGGUUUGGAUUGGGUUUUUUAGGAGAUGGAAUGGAAGGGUGGUUAAUUUCGGUGGCAAGCAUGUAAAAUGGUUUGGUUUUGUGGCUGGAUGUGCUUGGAGGUUUUGUAUACACAUCUACUUACUGUUGGAUAGGCAGGAAAAUAUUGUCAUAUACAGUAAUAAAUAAAGCCUCCUGGGCAACAGACUCCUUGAAUGACAAUCCUUUUUAGUAGGAUAAUGUAUGACAAUGAGAUGGAAAAGUCUUAAGCAAAGCUGGGCAUUCUUUGCCUUUCAGAGAGACCUUAACAGUACCUACAUUUACCACAGCACAUUGUUCUGAAAGAGGUGAGACAGGAACUUGACUCUAGCAUCAGACCUGGUGCUCUUUAGUGGAGGCAGAUUAGAUCUCUCUGGCCUUUUAUCUGUGAAAGGAAGCCCCACAAAAUUAUAAGCAUGAAUUGUGCUGGCCUCUUACCAUCACAUGGCCUAAUUAUCCUUCCAUUUAUACCAGUGUAUAUCAGGAGUAACUGCACUGAAGUCAAUAGUGUAGAGGAGAAUCAGGCCUUGACAGUUUAGCCUUGGGGCUAGAAUAUGAUCUCAGUUGUACCAGUGUGAAUUUGAAGUUAUGCCAUUCACUUUAAUGGAGAUAUUCUGAUUUACGCUGUAAUGGCUGGAAGCAGAAUGUAGUCUAUGGACCUUUCAGUUUUAAAAUCUUGAAAGUAUUCUUACAUUUGAGCUUAUCUACAAUAUAAUAGACUAUGUAACCCUAAAAUUGUGACUAAAAGAAUAAAACUGACUAUUGUCAAAAUUGUUUUCUGUUUUUUGUUAUUGGAAUUAUUAAUAUUUGAAAUUAUUAAUAUGGGAAACCACCAAACACCAGUUUAAGCAUAAAUUCCUUUAUUAAGUCCUGAGACCAAAUGGUAUUUUAUACAGUUGCUCUAAACAUAUCUAAAAAGGCUACAUAAUAAGCAAUUUACUACAUCCAAACAGUAACAAAAUGUUUAUGAGCAUUUGAGCAGGAUAGUUACAAGCAGGCUAAGCCCAGGGGUUCUUAGGCCCACAUUGGUUGGCUCCAGCAUGGUCAGGCAGGCAUUAGCAAUGACUCCUUUGAGAGUUUACUUUUUAUACCCUUUAACAAUCAAGGGAUGUUAUUGCCAAUUACUGACUUCAGCUAAAAACCAACUGAAGACAGUUCAUCCUUAUUUCCAGUCUUAAUCCAGAGAAGAUUUACAACUUCCUUUCUUCCCCUCCUUCUUGCUGACAUACAGUUUUCCCCGUCCACCUGGGUCCACAUAGACUUUAACACUAGUGUGUGGGUUGGGGAAGGGGCAUGUUGGCUCAUUUUAAGACAGAUUCUCUGUAUUUGAUUUAAAGCCAUUUGCAGUCACCACUGUGGUCAGAGGCCUUCUUUUUAGAAACUGACCAAUUAUCUCAUUAGUUAUUCUUUGAACCAGACAUCCUCCCUGCUUUAUUCCUUCUGGCUUUACCACUUUUUAUUUUCAAAUCUUUCCUUCUAUUUGCUAGUCAGGGCCUUUCUUUACAACACAUAUAUAGACUCAAAGGCUUUAAGGCCAGAAGGGACCUUCGUGAUCAUCUAGUUUAGUCAUACAUUUCCUUAGCUUAAGUUUGGUUAACAUUAAUUCUUUAAUUUUAUACUUAUCCUACAGUAGUAUAUAGUAAAGCUGCACUCCACUUAUGUGAAAUGAUUUUGAAAAUAACGCACUUGAUUGUCAUCAGGGUCUCAGCCCAGCUGCUAUUCUUGAUGGUGUGAUAACUGGCCAAAUUUUUUCAGGUGCUGUUAUUAGUAGAUCUCUACCCGUUUCUGUCCCCCCAAAUCAGGGUGGAGAGGGAAGGGGAGAAAAAGGGGUUAGAAACUACUAACUACAUCAGAACUGACUACUAAUAUGUGUGCCCACAUGUUCUGAGGACACAAAACUGAGGGCCCAAAAUAUUUAAUUUAAAUUGGCCUUUCUAACAUAAGAACUGGUGGAGAUCAUUUUGUUAGAAAGUGCCAUCUCUGACAAAAGCAGCACCGGAGACCCUUUGAGAAAUGGUACAAUGGGGUGUAGAAAAUAUGUUUAGACUACGCUAACCAUAGACAUGAGAUAACUGUUGCCCUACAUUCAGUUCAGCUAAUUUAAUAUGUGUAGUGCUGCCUACUGGUAUUGUCUCCCACCUAAAAUCUGCUUUACUAAUAUUUUCAAAUACAGAAGAAUUGUUUGCCUGCCAUGCCAACCUAACCAAUUAUGAAGUCAGGUGUUUAUUUCCAGCAAGAAAAUAACAUUGUGCUGACAUUAAGAUAUUUAAUUGUCUAAUAAAAUACAUGAUUUAUUUUUUACAAGCUAGUCAUAACUUUAAUUAUAUUAGAAGUUGGAGAACCAAGGGUGAACUUGUAGAGGCUCUGGCACAAGGCUGCAGUGUUUGGGUUGCUAACCAUGCAGGAAAAUGUGUUAAUACCACCAUAAAAUCUGACUUCAUUGACAUUUUCACCAAUUUAAUCAAUAAUAAUAACAUUUCUAGUACUAUAGGGUUGUGUUAUAUACUCUUUUUAAAAAUCAGGAAAAUAUCUGUAAAGAGACCUUGCCAAAUAUAAGGACCAGAAUAUUUGGCAAGGUCUCUUUACAGAUAUUUUCCUUUGCUGAGCUGCCCCGGCUGUCCUUUCUGGGUGUUGAGCUCUUUUGAAGAUCUGGCCCAUUAUUUCUACAACUAUACUUAUAAAAGCAGCUAUCAUAUCCCCUAUGUAGUAAUCAUAUGGAUGUGAGGGGGUGGAAUGCAGCUCUCCUUUCAGUUAUUUGGUUACACCAUCCGUAAUUAUACCCAGGUGUUUUGUAUUCACUCACUUUUUAAAGUAAAAAAAUACCAUUACGAAGAAGUUUGGCCAGUGUAUUAGUCAACAUGAGGAUAUUUACAAUAGUUGUUUCAAGUAAAUAAUGUUACUCUUCUAUUUAUGGUGGUGGGUGUGUGAAAUCCCCUCUCCUACAGGUUGAGGCUUAACUGGGACUUAAUUAGCAUGUAGAUCAUGUGCAUAGGGGUAAACUUCAACCAGUAUCCCCUUUACUAAGUACAGCAAAUGCUGCUUAAAUUUAUUUAGUCAAACGGUAUGAUUUUAAAGAUUUGUAAUGGCAACCGCUAUAUCAACUCACUUUGCAUGUUCCAUGCUGAUUUUUUGCAGGAUGUGCAUGUAACUGCAUGAGAAUUGAUAAACUGCAGAACACAGAUUGAGGAAUAUUUCCGUGUAAUGCUAGAACCAGAACUUUGAAGACAGCACAAUAAUAGAACAUUCCUUAGUAAACAUUAUAGCAUCAUAUUAGAAAAUCCUGCAUGCUGAUUGGCUAACAAAACAUUCUAAGCAGUGUUAUCCCACCAUACUACAUUGCUGAAAAUAUUACACUUCAUAACAGUAAUAGGCAAAUUGUCAAAGAGAGCAGGCCCAAGAUGCUUACACAAUUGUGUGAUUGCAUCUAUAUGUACAGUUAGCUCGAUUGUAAGGGCAAAUCAGCCUUAGUAGCUAUGGUGUGCGCAGGAAUGCAGCCAUAGUAGCUAUUGUGCCAUGAAUGCAUGUUAGGGGCAACUGCCUAGGCAUAUAUAGAUAUAGAACUGUACACAAAUGUAGAAUGUCCCUUUCGGAAAACUUGGCUCAUAGUGACCAGCGCAGCACAUGCAUUUGUAUGUGUCAAACAGUUGUAUCAAAUGUAAGGGAUGUACUUCUGAGUAUCUACCUUUGAAGGCUAACUGCUUAAAAACAGAAAACACUAAUUAAAAACAUAUUCAGCAAAAAAAUACAGAAACUCCGUUUGUUCCAAAUAAGAUUUUACCUUUAUAUUUUUAGCAAAUACUAAAGAUCAGCCAUAAACAAAAUGUCACUGUUCUACAAACUUCACUGUGGAGGCAGGAGUGCAGUGAAAGACUACAUUUAAAAAAAAAAAAAAGGUGCCCAGUUGCUAAUUAUUAUUAAAACAGCAGUCUUAGGAAUGUUACUGGGGUUGCCAGUGAGGAUGCUGGGAAAGUCUGCUGAUAUCUUAAUAAGAGAGAGGGCUGAAUAAGAGAGAGGGCUGGCUCUUCCCUGCUUAUCUGAAAAGUCAGCCAGAGGAGACGCUAAAAGGGGCUGUAUCCUUAAAAAUAUUUUUCUCCAUUUUGGAGGUCAAGGGCAAGAAGGCCUGUCUACUGCAAUGAAAUUGAAUGUGGUGAUCGGGAGUAAAAACAGCACCCACCUUCCCCUACAGAAGGCAACUAUAUAGGGUAGAAGGAGCACUCACAGACUACAGUGAAGAAUACUUUAAAGAUACCCCAUAACUGGAUUAGAUUAGACAAGCUGAUGGCAUUCAGCAGCAUUCCUCUGCUCUCUCUUCCUUACUCCAUAUAUCCCGAUAAGUUUCCAUUUCUGGGCUAUUGCCCAUGCCUGCAGUCUAUCCAUAUCCUUCCACCUCUGCCCCCACAUACUCACCUGCAGUUGUGGAGAUGAUUUCUACACAGUAGAGCAGCAGCAACUCCCAUGAGUGCUUAAUUGGUCAGUAAAAAGAACAGGAGUACUUGUGGCACCUUAGAGACUAACAAAUUUAUUAAUUGGUCAGUGUGGGGAUUGACAGGGAUUUGAGAAUAGGGUGUUGUGGAGCACAGGGAGGUGAUGAACUCAUUUGCAGGUAAUUCCUUUCUGAUAAUGUUGCCCUAGGACAGGUAUGAUGAAAUCAUAGAACCACAGAGUUAGACAGGACUACAAGGGUCAUCUAGUCUAACCCUCUGCCAAGAUGCAGGUAUCCUACACAGUUAAAUAGAUUAGGUAUGUUUUUACCUCUUCGGGCUACCGUGACUGGCCAACUCUUUCUUUUAAUAGAGUAGGAUGGCCUGUUGCACAGCCAGAAUCCAUAGCCUUUACAUGAUUUAUGCAAUUUGAUAGGCUGUAAGUAUUUUUGGUUGGAUUGGGUUCAUAGUACACAAACUAAAAAACAAAAAGCAUUAUCCCUAAAUUAGGCACAUCUGAUGCUCAGGGGUUAACUAGAGAGAGAACAGAGAAAACUAACUCCUUUAACAAUAUUGGCAUCUUCAGAAGGGGAAAUGUAACCAGUUCACCCUUUUCCCAAAAUUAAUGCGGCAAGGAGGCAAAGAUUCCACCUUGUAUAUUUUUCAUUAGAAUAUAGGUUUACACUUUUGUUUUCAAAUUGUAAACUGUAAUGUUUUAUGAAUUAUGCUACCAUUACCAUAAAUAUUCAUAAAUAUUACCUAAAGCAAUAUUACAUGUAAGGCCAAAUUCUCCUUAGCUACACUGAGAGCAGAAUAUGGCCCAUAAUGCUUGUUUUUUAGAAGAAUAUACUUUCUUAUGGUUU